CCUGUAGAACGGGAAGGAAUUAUCUAAUAGUUAUAUAUGUAUAUCUCUACGUCUUCGGCUUCAUUUCAAAAUCAAUGAGUGAGGACACUGCAUGGUGAGGAGACCGGCGAGGAGACCGGCGAGGAGACUGAUGAGUUCAACUGGUGAUUACUGAAUGUGAAGUGGAGGGAGGCGAGGAAGGCUAUUUAUAUGAAGUGGAUUGAUCAAAACAUGGCAGCUGUGAGCACCUAUCCAAACGCACAUAGAAAGUGCACAUACAAUACAUGACUUUGUUUUAAAAGCUGUACCUGCAGCUGACAUGGCUAGCCAGCCAAGCAUAUACACUGCCGCCAGGGAGGGAAACCUUCCAGUUGUGAAAAGUCUAGUGGACGCCGGGGUGUCGCUAGGACAGGGCGAGGAAAAGGGGGGAGUAACACCUUUAAUGUUAGCGAUAAAGAAUGGUCACAGAGAAGUAUCACAAUUUCUCGUUGACGAGAUGUCUAGCCAGUCUCUUUCCGCUUCAACAACACCGGACAAAUGGAAUGUACUUCAUUGGAUGGCUGGCUAUGGACGUCCAUGGUCAGACGUAUGGAAGGAAAUUCAACGGAAAUGUCCAUCUUUAUGGGAGCAGAAGGACGCAAAUCACAAACGACCGAUAGAUAAGGCAAGGGAACAUCGAAACAGAAGUCAGCGACACAAACAACUGUAUCAGGAGUUAGAAGGGAAACUUCAGGAUGAAUACAUCGAAGGGAUUUCAGAGAAGUUCGAAAAGAAAUGUAACAUUACUGUUACACUUACUGGACAUGAGGGAGUAGGAAAAACUUGUCUCUUGGAACAAUUGAGGGAUAAUGUUAUCCCCCCGGAAGGUCCUCCCUCAACAGACACGGCUAACAUUAUUGUCAAAUAUAUGCUUUUCGACCCGGAGACACAACACAAAGAGACGAUUGAAGAGGGUUCGGAACUAAAAAUUGGGAUCCGACGAAUACAAAGUGUGCUAAAGAGGACUGAUGAAGUUAGUGUAAUCGAGACUGAUGGUUGGACGAGCAUCACUGACAAACAAACCACAGAAACCACUCAAAACUUGCCCUCCACAAAUGCAAACAUGCAGUUGUUGGACACUCCCUUAACACCGGGCCAAGAGACAGAAAUAGAAGAAUAUCAUCAGUUUAUGGAAUGGUUAAACCAGUGCCGUGAAAAGGAUGUGGACUUGUGGGAAAAACAAUAUAAUACAGAUCACCCAUCUAGAGAAGACCAAAAGCUGAUGCGGAAGUUUCUGAUGGUAUUUGCUCAACAAUUCCAAAGAAAAAACUAUUGCUCUUGUUGCUCCAGCGACUGUGCUGGUCAGCAGUGGUAUAGAUGUCAGCAGUGCGUUGAUACAAACAUUUGUAGUGUGUGCUACACUAGGGGGCUUUUGCCCGAGAAUGAGCAUGGUACCAGUCAUUCCAUGGUCUACACUGGUCACACAUCGGAACACCAAUUGGAGAAAAUGGUUCGGGUGAAAUAUGCUGCUCGAGUAACCUCUGAUGAGCAACACGAGGCUGCAAAGUCAGUCAUGACAGAGAGCACAGAAAGUGAUACCAAAGCCAAAGGACUUGUGACGAUAUAUGACUUCGGAGGAGAGAAAAUAUUUUACAACACCCAUCACUGUAUCCUCACAGACGAUAUGGUCUUCAUUUUAGUCUUCGACAUGUCGAUAUGCCUUCAUCAAGAUCAAAAGAAAAAAGAAGACGGAUAUGACAGAAUAGAGUUCUGGCUAAUGUCCAUAGCUACCAGUGCGAUCAACGAGGCCGCGAAGAAAAAAGGAACGCCGCCGAUCAUUUUAAUAGGAUCGCAUAUGGAUCUAGUACCUGGCAGUGAAGAAGAGAAGGAAGCUGAAUUCAGAAAUAUCCUGGCACAAUUAGAAUCAAAACCUGAAAUCAAGACUAUCAUUCAGGAACAUGUUAAAGAAAUGUUUCAUGUUUCAAAUCUCAACGAUUCGUCCAAAAAUCGGGAAACCUACGACCUGAUUUGGAAAGCAAUCCUUGGAGCAGCCGAAUACCAGUCUCAGUGGCAUAAGGAAAUCCCGGCCAGAUGGCUAGCACUAGAGCAAGAACUGAUCAAAAGGAAAAUAGCGGGCACCAAAGUGAUGGAUUUUCAGGAUCUUAAAACAUUGAACAAGACGUUAGCAGUUCCUUUGCAAGAUGGCAGAGAAAUCAACGCGUUCUUGAGGUAA